UUCCUCUCCACAUCCAUGGCUUCCAUCCCACUCCUCCGCCUGUCCCUCCCCAUCCUCCCCUACCCCAUCCUCCCCCACCCCCUCAAAUCCACACCCAUCCCCCAAUUCCGCCUCAAAUCAAUCCCCAAUUCGACAACGAAAUGCUCGUACACCCCAACGCCGGCCACCGACCGCCUCAUCUCCGCCGCGUCCUACUUCAUCCCCUUCUUCAACGGCCUCCAAUACGGCCGGUUCCUCUUCGCCAAGUACCCGCUCCUCGCCGCCCCCUUCGAGCCCCUAAUCCCCUUGCUCUCGCUCUACCACUCCGUCCCCUACGCCAGCUUCGUCACCUUCUUCGGCCUCUACCUCGGCGUCGUCAGGAACCCUAGCUUCAGCCGCUACGCCAGGUUCAACGCGCUGCAGGCGCUCGUGCUCGACGUGCUCCUCGUGCUCCCCGUGCUGCUGCAGAGGAUAGUUUCCCCCGGGCGGACCGGGCUUGGGCUGAAGGUCACGGCGUGGGCCUAUUCUGGGCUUUUUUUGUUUGUGGUGGCCUGCUUUGUCUAUGGGCUGCUGUCGAGUGUGCUUGGGAAGACUCCCUAUUUGCCGAUUGUUGCUCAAGCUGCUGCCCGUCAGCUAGAAUGAAUCUCUCUCUUUUCGUGUUUUUUUUUCUCCUUAUCUCUCUCUCUCUCUCUCUCUCUCUGUCUAAUGUAUCGAGAAAACGUUGCUCAUCUAGUCGAAUAAUUUUGCUGAACUAUUCACCGUUUUGAAUUUAUAUGGAGUAAUAUUUUGUUAUGCCA